AAUCACAACAUGGCUUUUGAUGCGUUUCUUCUAAGAGAUAUUGGUAUUGCCAUUUUCAUCUUCUUCAUCUCACACUUCUUCAUAGGCUUGAUUCUUAGAAACACUUCUAAAAAUCUUCCACCUGGCCCAAGAGGAUGGCCAAUUCUUGGUGUUCUUCCACACUUGGGAACCAUGCCUCAUGUCACACUCGCAAACAUGGCGAAGAAAUUUGGACCGAUCAUGUAUCUAAAAAUGGGCACUUGUGACACUGUGGUUGCUUCAAGCUCAGAUGCAGCUAGAGCAUUUCUCAAGACUUUAGACCAUAAUUUCCUAAAUAGGCCUACCAUUAUUGGUGCAACUUAUUUAGGUUACAAUUCACAAGACCUUGUUUUUGCAAAAUAUGGACCUAAAUGGAAACUACUUAGGAAAUUAACAACCUUACACAUGCUUGGUGGGAAAGCACUUCAAAAUUGGGCUAAUGUGAGAGAAAAUGAGGUGAAACACAUGGUGAGAUCCAUUCAUGAGUCUGGGAAAAAAGGCGAAUCGAUUGAGGUUGGUGGUUUGUUGAGUUGUGCAAUAACAAACAUGGUGAGCCAAGUUGUACUAAGCAAACGUAUGUUUGCAAGUAAAGGGCAAGAGUCAAAGGAGUUUAAGGAAAUGGUUGUGGAGUUCAUGACAAUAUCUGGAAUCAACAUUGGUGAUUUUGUACCUUUCAUUGGUUGGAUUGAUUUGGAAGGUGUAGUGGGUAAGAUGAAACGAUUGCAUAAGAGGUUUGAUGAGUUUUUGACCAAGUUGAUUGAAGAUCAUGUGAAUUGUGCUCAUGAACGUAAAGGGAAUCCAGAUUUUUUGGAUAUUGUUUUGGCAAAUGAUGAUGAUAAUUUUGGUGAGAGAUUGAGCUUGUCCAACAUCAAGGCUUUAUUAUUGAAUUUGUUCACUGCAGGGACAGAUACAUCAUCUAGCAUCAUAGAGUGGGCACUUGCUGAAAUGCUAAAAAGUCCAAACAUCUUGAUAAGGGCACAAAAAGAGAUGAAUCAAGUGGUAGGCAGGGAAAGAAUGCUAGUUGAAUCUGACCUAGAAAAAUUACCAUACCUUCAAGCAAUAUGCAAGGAGACAUAUCGUUUGCAUCCAUCUACACCCCUUAGUGUUCCAAGGGUGUCAAAUAAAGCAUGCCAAAUUAAUGGUUACUACAUCCCCAAAAAUACAAGGUUCAAUGUUAACAUAUGGGCAAUAGGGAGAGACCCAAAUAUAUGGGCUAACCCAUUAGAAUUCAAACCUGAAAGAUUUUUAAGUGGAAAAUAUGCAAGAAUUGAUCCAAGUGGAGUUGAUUUUGAAUUGAUUCCUUUUGGAGCUGGAAGAAGAGUUUGUGUUGGGUAUAAAAUGGCUAUUGUGGUGAUUGAGUACAUUCUGGGCACAUUGGUACACUCUUUUGACUGGAAAUUACCAAAUGGUGUUGAGCUAAACAUGGAUGAGGCCUUUGGACUUACAUUGGAAAAAGCAGUGCCCUUGUCAGCUACGGUUACCCCUCGCUUGGUCCCACAUGCUUAUGUUUAAUAUACUAAUGCUCAUAUAUAAGGCUAUAUAAGUACUAUAUUAUCUAUGAUGGUUACCUAAUAUAAAAUACUAUAUUAUGUAUUAGGAAAUAAUAUAUAAUGUGAGAAAUUUAGGCCACUUACAUAGAGUUUCAAUAGUUUCAAUAAGAUCAAAGUUGCAUGGUAAGUAUUGGUUUAGUAAUUCAUUUUAGUUGGAAUUAGUUUUAUCUUUGGUUAGUAGUUUGUAAAAUAGCUUGCACAUGAAGUAACUAACUCAAGUUACUUGCGUGAGAAGUAAUGAGUUUGUUAGCGGUUUGUUUCAGUUUUUGUUACCUCA